CAUGUGUACAUUUAGAAGAAGAAAUACAAAAAUCUAUGAUGAAUAAGGGUGAAGGAGUAGAAAUCAAUGAUGUACCAGGAGAGGAAGAACCUGAUGUUCCAGAAAAAAGUGCAACAGAAGUUAUGGCAACAGAAAUGGAUCAACAAGAACAAGAAAAUCAAGAACCCCAAAACAAUGCAUAAAAAUAUAAAUGUAUAAAAUUAUGAGUUAUAUUGGAAAGUCUUGUAUGGUAUCCUAGAGUGUCCAUAGAAAAUAUAAUAUUUUUUAUAAAGUAUUUUUUGUACAAAUAUACCAAUAUAUAUUAAUAAAUAAAUAUAAACAAUACAUAAAUAUCAUAAAAAUUAAUUUAUAAAUAUUAUUUAUCGAUUGUCAUUAAUAUUGAAAUUAUCGUCGAACAUUAAUAUAAAAGAGAUAAUUUAUCACAAUGCCUUAUGGUAUUUCAUGGACUCGAUAUAUUUGUCUCGUUACAUCAGCAUUUUUUGCAACAGCAGCCGGCUCGCAAGUUGUGCAUCUUAUAUAUCGACCGCUUGAUGAUUUAGAUGAUCUUAUAGAAGAAGCAUUACAAAAAAAACUAUCAGAACAAAAAAAUCAUAACGAUAUGUUAGUAAAAUCUUAAUAAAUAAAUUAUACGUAUUAAUGUAUAAUUAUAUUAAGAUAUAUUAUUUACGUAAUUAUUUAUAUAAUUGUUUAAAUAUUUUAUUAUUUAAUAAAGUUUCUUUUUAAAAG